AAUUCUCUGAAGACUUCAAAGCCGUGCAACAGUCUGUCGGCAGGUCACAAUGGUUAGUGCCGAUUUUGCGAUGUCAAAGCAGCAGCGUUUCAGAGAGGUGUCGAUUGGUUGAAGUGGAUCCAGUUGCAACGCCAGACUUGCUGGUUGCGAGUUUAUACGUGAAUCUUACGUCCAUUUCAGACUACCAUGCCACGGCAGCCAGCACGUGUAACGUUAUUAUAGUUUUCCUUGCACACACCGCCGGGCGAUAUAGUUCAAGUCAAAAGCUAGUUACCGGAACCACAACAGAGGCAGCUCUGUGGCAGUACGUAUGACUGUGACGUUUACUAUGAUCGUGAGUCAUGAGUCAUGACACCGCUAUAGAGCUGUGAACCUCGAGUGUACCACGGUGCCAACGCUCUCUAUUUGUUUUGAAGCGAGGCCAAGCGUAGACCAGAUUUGGAGUACUGUACCUGGAGGUUAAUGCCGCUGUUCGAAAGAGGUGCAUCGGACAGCAAACUCCACGGCAACAAUGCGCUCACCCGUCUUAGCCAUUCUCCAAUUUGCUCCAUAGCAACUCACUCCUUCUCCACCGCAGACAGAGAUAAUGAACACGUACUUCGCCCUCGCCGCCGCCGUCGCUGCCCUAGCUGGCUCUGCCGACGCCGCUGCCUGCACGGCCACGCAGCAGCAGUCUGCAUACCUGGGUAUGGUUGGCCUGCUCACGGGUACGGCACUCAACGAGUGUGCCUCGGAAUCAGGCUACAACAUGCUGUACGCCACCGCUCUCCCCACGGAUGAUGAGCGCAAGGCCAUGUGCGGCGUGCAAGCGUGCCACGACCUCAUUGUGUCGGUGCUUGCCACGAACCCUCCGGACUGUGACCUGACCAUCCCCACCAGCAACGCCGUCAUGAACGUGUACCAACUCGCCUCUACGUUCGAGACCCAGUGCGAUGCCUUGGUCGCUACGACGGCUCCUCCCACCGAGGCCCCCACCGCUGCCCCCACCGAGGCCCCCACCGCUGCCCCCACCGAUGCCCCUACGACUGCUCCCACUGAUGCUCCUACGACGGCACCGACUGAUGAGCCUAGGUCUGAAACUGAUGCCCCCACCACACACCCGACCCCGGCCCCGACGGAGCCUGUUGUACCUGGUGGCGCCUGCUAAAAGCUUCUGAGCUUCGUCGUAGCCACAAAGCAGGUGAACUAAAUGUGUUUGGCGCUCGUCCAUCAUGCUUGUGAAUACAUCUUCCACAUUUUUUUAAAGGAU